AUUUGAAAUGUGAUUUUGCCUCUUCGAGCAUCUGUACUCGAACCUAAUAUUACAGUUUCAUCUCUAUAAAUACCCUUUCUUUCCUAACUUUCUACUCUACCCUAAAACUUGGACAAACAUAUAAAAAAGAUCCACAAAAACACACAUCAAACUCCAAAAAUUAGCAAAAAAAUCAUCAAGAAAAGAAAAAGAAAUUCUCUUCCUUAUUUUUUUUUCUUUUUUCUUUCUAUGAUUCAUUUCAUAUUAAUUCAAAUCAAGAAAAAGAUUAUCAGAAUCUUGAUUCAAAGAAAAGCAAGAAGAUGAAGAAUAAGAAGAAUAUUGAAAGAAAUAAAAGGGAAAAAUACCCUUUAAUUUCUUAUCAAGAAUUGCCAGAAUAUAUGAAGGAUAAUGAGUUUAUUUUGAAUUAUUAUAGAGCUAAUUGGCCUCUCAAACAAGCAUUUUUCAGUAUUUUCAGUUGGCAUAAUGAAACUCUUAAUGUUUGGACGCAUUUAAUUGGAUUUAUUCUAUUUAUGGUAUUAACCAUAGCUAAUGCAGAGCAUUUAUCUCAAAUUGCUGAUUUUAUGACUAUGUUUAUCCGGAAUUUUCCAAGUGGAGAUCCGAAUAUCUCUCACAAUUCAAAGUGUGUACCCCACUUUGUCUUACAGGGAGAAACUAGGUUAAUUGAUCAAAACUUACAAAUGGACAGUGCAACAAAUGAAGCAACUUGGCCAUUCUAUGUAUUCUUAGUUGGUGCAAUGUUCUGUCUUUUAUCAAGCAGCAUUUGCCAUCUCUUCUCAUGUCACUCACAAAAAUUGAACCUUUUCUUGGUCCAAAUGGACUAUGUUGGCAUCACAAUUAUGAUCAUCACAUCCUUUUUUCCACCAAUGUACUAUAUUUUUCAAUGUUCACCACACUGGCAAAUUGUUUACCUCAUUGGUAUCACAAUCUUGGGAAUUUGCACUAUCAUAACUCUGCUCUUCCCCGUGUUUUCGACCGGGAAAUAUAGGUCUUUUCGGACGGGACUCUUCAUGUCCAUGGGUUGUUUUGGCCUGUUUCCUGCAAUCCAUGCUCUUGUGGUGAAUUGGAAUGAUCCUAUGAGGAAUGUCACACUUGCAUAUGAAUCCGCAAUGGCGUUGUGUUACAUAAUAGGGGCUAUUUUUUAUGUUAGUCGCGUACCAGAGAAAUGGAGGCCUGGAUUGUUUGAUCUAGUUGGUCAUAGUCAUCAAAUAUUUCAUACAUUUGUUAUUUUUGGUGCAUUGGCACACUAUGGUGCGGCGAGGAUUUUCUUGGAGUACAGAACUCGAUUCAGAUGUGACAAUAGAUAAAAGACGAAAUGAUGCAUUUUGAUAUGUUCGAUGUGUUAUAUGUUUGAUACUUGUAGGAUCAAUAAUUUGCAAUGUACGAAGAACUAUGUAUAGUCGGAGAUGGAUUUAGAGCAAGUUCUAUGGUGGCCAAACCAAACUCAUUACUUUGGGCUCCAAACCAUGUAUUCAUAUCCCAAAAAUCUAAAACAUAUUCAUAUCAUAA